AUGUUAAUUUUUCGAAGGUGCUAUUCUCUAGCUUUAUGGUUCUUCAUAAGCUCAAUUUUGGGUUUGGAGAUCACUACAAACACAAUUGAUAGGAACACAAUAUCACUUAAUGUAGGAGAUAUUACUAUCCACUCCGGAGCUUAUUGGUCUAUUAUCGACAAUGCAGUCGCGGCAUUUGUUUCCAGUAUUACUGUUGAAACAAAUGCUGGGCUUUAUAUUUCCAGUACCUCUCCAAUAAUAGGAUUACAGGUGACGUUGUUAGGAUUAUCAAAUUCAAUAGUUAAUAACGGUGUCAUAUCAUUCAAUGCAUUGGCUUCUCUUCUCCCUUCAACCUACAACCUUAUUGGUUCUUCGUUCAAAAAUACUGGAGAAAUGUAUUUAGGUGGUUCUGGUAUUGCCUUAAGUGAAAUGAGUAUCACUGCAACAACUUGGGAAAAUAGUGGAUUGUUGGUUUUUUAUCAAAGCCAAAGAACUACCAGUGAACUUUUCUUGGGUACUGCAUUGCUUUCAAUUACUAAUAACGGACAGGUUUGUCUUUAUAAUCAAGCUUAUCAUCAAUCUACCUCCAUUGAUGGUACAGGAUGCUGGACUGCACAAGUUGAUUCAACAAUUUACAUUGCCAAUGCUGCAUUAGCAGUGUCUCAGGAUCAAACUUUUUACCUUGCUGAUUCAGCCUCGUCAAUUAUUGUUGAAGCACUAUCUUCCUCACACACGUACAAAGUCUAUGGUUUUGGACAACAGUCUGAUGGAGUAUCGAAUAUUAUUGGGUUGACCUUGCCUUUGGUGGGAGGGCUUACUACAGAUGCAUAUUCCUACAACAUCCUAACCGGUGUUUUGACGCUAAGAACUACUUUACUCGAGCAGGAUUUCGACAUCGGUUAUGGUUAUGAUUUUACUAAAUUCCGAAUCGUUUCAGAUGGUUUGUUGCCUAACAUCCUUGGUAAUUCAGUAGAAUAUGAUGGCCCAUGUCCACGACCAGGAUUACCUUCUCAAUGUAUUGCAUGUAAAGAACUACCACCUAUACCCGGAGCUAACCCAACACUGUACACAACUACUAUUACAACUACAGAUUCUGACCAACAUGCAUUAACGGAAACAGGAAUGGUCUAUAUUGGUCCUGAUUCUACCGGUGCAUGGAUUACUAAUACUACAAUUUUUGCAACACCCACUGAAUACACCUCAACUUGGACCACCACUGGAUCGGAUGGAUCUGUUGCAACCGAGUCAGGUAUCGUGUCACAAUCUGGUACAUCGUUGACCACAUUGAGCACGAUCCCACCACCAGUGCAAACAGAAUACACCACCACAUGGACCACCACUGGAUCGGAUGGAUCUGUUGCAACCGAGUCAGGUAUCGUGUCACAAUCUGGUACAUCGUUGACCACAUUGAGCACGAUCCCACCACCAGUGCAAACAGAAUACACCACCACAUGGACCACCACUGGAUCGGAUGGAUCUGUUGCAACCGAGUCAGGUAUCGUGUCACAAUCUGGUACAUCGUUGACCACAUUGAGCACGAUCCCACCACCAGUGCAAACAGAAUACACCACCACAUGGACCACCACUGGAUCGGAUGGAUCUGUUGCAACCAUGUCAGGUGUCGUGUCACAAUCUGGAACGUCAUUGGUUACAAUCAACACGUUCCCAACACUGAUAGCAGAUGUUUACACCACCACAUGGACCACCACUGGAUCGGAUGGAUCUGUUGCAACCGAGUCAGGUAUCGUGUCACAAUCUGGUACUUCGUUCAAGACAGCUACGCUUUCCAGCUCACCCUCUGACAGUAUAGCCGGAGGUGAUUUAUCACCAGCAUCUGUUGCAACUAAUAUAGUUGGUUCAGGUACUACUACAAGAGAGUCUACGCAAAUUACUGGUGGAGAAGCAGUGAGCCCUUCAGGAGAUGUAGAAACACCUUUGGCCAACGCAUCGCAAAAGGACGAAGAAUCAAGUUCCAGUGUAAUCAAUAGUGCGGUAACAGAUAAUGUUGAAGGUCCAUUGAGUAAAACAAUUGUGGGUCAAAUUACGCUGGUGGAAACUGCUUCAAAUACAAUCGCGCAUACUUUAGUAGUUAGCGCUACAGAGUCACCAACAAACAACAAUCAAGUGACUACAACAGUUGUUGAUAUUGGCAAGUCUACAAACAUGUUUUUAUACACGUCUACAAGCACCGGUUACGGUACAACCUUGAGACAACAGCAAAGUGAAUCGGCAUCUCCGGUUGCCUCAUUAACAUCAUACGAAGGUUCUUGCUCAAGUGCCAAAGUGUCGACUUUCCUUGCAUCUUUGUUUGCGAUUAUUUCAAUCAUAGUGUAA